GCUACUCGCGGUGUCCUUCCGCCGCAACGCGCGCGUCACUGCGCGAGCCGCCGGUUCCGGCUUGACGUCACUUCCCUGCGGAAGCGGGAGCGGGCGGGACGCGGCCCGGCGAUGUCGGCCAGCGCCGUCUAUGUGCUGGACCUGAAGGGGAAGGUUCUGAUCUGUCGGAAUUAUCGUGGAGAUGUGGACAUGUCAGAGGUGGAACAUUUUAUGCCAAUCCUUAUGGAAAAGGAAGAAGAGGGGACGCUUUCUCCUAUCCUAGCACAUGGAGGAGUUCGUUUCAUGUGGAUUAAACAUAACAACCUGUAUCUUGUUGCAACUUCAAAGAAAAAUGCUUGUGUAUCACUGGUGUUUUCAUUUUUAUAUAAAGUAGUUCAGGUUUUUUCUGAAUAUUUCAAGGAGCUGGAAGAAGAGAGCAUUAGGGAUAAUUUUGUUAUUAUUUAUGAGUUGUUAGAUGAGCUUAUGGAUUUUGGUUAUCCACAAACCACUGAUAGUAAAAUUUUACAAGAGUACAUCACUCAGGAAGGCCACAAACUUGAAACUGGAGCCCCACGCCCGCCUGCCACUGUUACAAACGCUGUUUCCUGGAGAUCAGAAGGGAUAAAAUACAGGAAAAACGAGGUGUUCCUGGAUGUCAUAGAGUCUGUUAACCUUUUGGUCAGUGCCAAUGGAAAUGUGUUACGGAGUGAGAUCGUUGGAUCCAUUAAAAUGAGAGUGUUCCUCUCAGGAAUGCCGGAGCUGCGCCUGGGCUUGAAUGACAAAGUUCUGUUCGAUAAUACAGGCCGUGGGAAAAGUAAAUCAGUAGAACUGGAAGAUGUGAAGUUUCACCAGUGUGUUCGUCUCUCUCGCUUUGAAAACGACAGGACAAUCUCUUUCAUUCCACCUGAUGGGGAAUUUGAGCUCAUGUCAUAUCGUCUCAAUACCCACGUAAAACCCCUGAUCUGGAUUGAGUCUGUGAUUGAGAAACAUUCCCACAGCCGCAUCGAGUACAUGAUCAAGGCGAAGAGUCAGUUUAAGCGUAGAUCAACUGCCAACAACGUGGAGAUUCACAUCCCGGUUCCAAACGAUGCGGACUCGCCAAAGUUUAAAACCACUGUUGGAAGUGUCAAAUGGGUUCCAGAGAACAGUGAAAUUGUCUGGUCCAUUAAAUCUUUCCCAGGUGGAAAAGAAUACCUGAUGAGAGCUCACUUUGGACUUCCAAGUGUUGAAGCUGAAGACAAGGAAGGAAAACCUCCCAUUAGCGUAAAGUUUGAGAUUCCGUAUUUCACCACUUCAGGAAUCCAGGUUCGUUACCUAAAGAUAAUUGAGAAGAGUGGCUACCAGGCUUUGCCCUGGGUCCGGUACAUCACCCAGAAUGGAGACUACCAGCUCCGAACACAGUAAAACACCUCACAGGCACCACAGACAAGGAGCCUUCGGGCCCAGAAUUCAUUUGCAGAAGCCUCUGUGGUCCUGAGAGCUGAGUGUUGUUGCCAAGGGUCUCGUUUCUGCAAUCUUGGAUUGACAGAAGAAAGAUUGGAAAUUUAUUGAUUUCAAUAAUGUGUUUGAGCUUUUGAACCAUUAGUAUUGAUUGUGUGAAUAUUUAUUUCAUUCUUAGAACAUGCUGAUCUUGCUGCUAAAUGCUAAUUACAUUAGGAGUAGCAGUUACAUUGAGGAGCCAGGAAUCCAGAAUGAACCUUGGGAAUGUCUUGUCGAUGCCUUGUCCGUUACAGUCGCAGAGUUUCUAGUAUUUGUAUUUUAGGAUCCCUAAAGACAUUGGCAGCAUUGUGCUAUAAAUUAGGGAGAUGAUUGUGCAAUUAAAUGACUGCUGAACACUUUGUUGUAUUUAGCCCAAGGUAUUUAUUUUUUUUUCUGGGCAUUUGGGUGCCUUAACUCAUUCACAGCUCUGUUAACUUAAAAAAAUUGCAGAAUAUGAGUUGAAAUUACCUGAAGUAAAAAAAUACUGUUCAUUUGUUGCUCUUUUUUUUUUUUUUUUUUUUUUUUUUUUUUGUUUUGGGGUUUUUGGUUUGGUUUGAUUUUGUUGUUUUUUUGGGUUUUUUUUUUUGCAUGGUUUCAAAGGAAUUAAUCUGAGAGAACUUCAGGUGAAAGGUUUGGAAACAAAAAUAGGGGUUAACUGAGAACAAGAGAUGACAGGAGUAAAUGCCUGUGGGAGAGGCUCUGGAAGCAGGAGUGCUGGCUCUAGUCAGUCGAAAUGCAGGUGGAAGAGUUCCAACCUUGUGACUCCCCAGGGCCUGGAAACCCUCUGCCAACUGACUGGUAUUUGCUUUUUAAAAUUUCUGUUCAUCAAACAAGUUCCCAAUUGUAAUAUAUAGGCAUAAAGCCUUAGAUUAGGUAUUAAAAGACCAAAACACCUCUAGAGGUGAUAUAAUUUGGUAGGAAGAUUGGGAGUUCAUUAUUAUUUUUCCAGAUAAUAAUACUAUACUCCAAGCUCUUCCUGGAAGUUACUGUAUAAGAAGAGGCCGACAGAAAUACAGUUGCCAUCUUUCUUCCAGCUUGCCUUUUGUGUUAAUUUAGGGCAAAUACUUCCCUUUUUGCUAUAGUUAGCUAGAACUGUUAAACUUCAUUUGCCCUAAGGAGAGAUGUUUUCUUUAUCUUUUUUGUUUGUAAACAGCUAUUACUGUAUCUUCCUGACAGAAUGAGUAACAGGUCACAAUGUUAUUCUUAAAGGUAUUAUUUUUUUUACAUGCCAUUUAAUUUUUUUUUUCUGAGAAGCUACAAUUGGCAUGAGUGUACAUAGUUAUUUUGGGUUUUGGUGAGGGUUUUUUUCAGGAAAAUUGUGACAGUUUUCAGUAUUUUCCUUACACAACUUUUAGGAUGUUUUGGGUUGAAUUUAGUACUCCUGAGAGGUGCUAAACUUAAACCGUCAAAAUCUAAAUAUCUAUGUCUGCAGAUGUGAUGUGAUAAUACAUUGUGUGCUAAAUUCUCCACUGGUGGGAGAGUCCAGGAGUGUCCACAGAGAGUGAGGAGAUAUUUCAGUCACUGUCCUCACUGAGUCCUUGUAGACUGUAUAGAGACACCUGUGUGUACAGUUAGCCAAAAAUCAGCUAAACUCCCCCGAGCUGCAGCUGCUGGGACAUUGCAGAUCUGCCUCAGGAAAUAAAGUCUGUGGUGUUUGGCAACAACCACGCCCCAGUUUUUGGCAGCCAAGGGUGUGGACAGGUGUGUUCUGACUGUCACCCAACAAGCUUGAUGUUGAAACAAAAUCACCUUGUUCAAGAUUUCAGUUCCACUACUCAUUUUCAUUUGAACAAUUAAGCUUAUGACUGGACUAAAACUUUUUAUAUUAAAACUGUAACUGGUUGACAAAUCACUUUCUGCUGACUUUCUUUUUCCAAGUGUUUGCUCUAAUUAUGUCUGUAAAAUGUGACUCUCCAUAUCUUUGUUUUCCUCUUGAAGUCUGGAUCUUGCGGACCAGAACCAUAUUUUCUCCUAUUUUGUUACAGUUUGGUUGUUUUGAUGAUGGGGCAUCAGCCAUGCUUGUCCAGAAGGUAAUAAAGGGCAAAAAGUCCUCUUUGAA